ACACAUUGAAUAUAUUAUCGAGCUUCGGUGGAGUGAGGGCAGAGGGAAGGUGUUGUGAUGGUAGUCAGGCUCUUUCUUUAGCGGGUUUGGUAAAGAUGAAACGUAGGGAAGAGUAGGUUUUGGUGAACAAGUGGCAGACGGAUAUAUUUUUCUUGUUUUUGCUGUUUCAUUUCCUUUGGGGCUGAAACGGGGGCUUUAUUGCAGGCUGUGAUGUAGUGUUUAGAAGUUGAUCUGCUCUGGGCUUCGAUCAAAAACGUUGUUGUUGAUGUUGAUUUCUGCUGUGUUUGUAAUUUGCACUGGAUAAGCAGAUUUGGAUAAACAGGCUGGUAAAGAGCCAACAAUGAAGGCGGAAUUACUUCCAAUUGCAACAUGGCUGCUGCUGCCCAGACCUUUAUGGGAGAAGUUUAGUCCCUAACGCGAAAACAACAACAAUAACAACAACAACAACAAGUUUUGUUUAAUGUUUAUCUUUUCUCCAAAGCUCAGCACUUGUUUGAAUUAAGACAUUGCUUUGGAUUGUAAGAGCCAACCAAGGGCGACUUGGAUCCAACAUCUGUGGCUGUGAUCGCAAGACCUUACGUUACUUGUAACGUCUGAUCUGAUCUGAUCUUUUGUCUCAUCUCUGUGUUUUAUUGAGAAAAAAAAAUGCAUUUUUCUAUCCCUGAGACUGAGGUUCGCUCCUGUGAAAAUGGAUCUACAUAUGUGGCCUACAACAUCCAUGUCAACGGGGUCCUGCACUGCCGCGUGCGCUACAGCCAGCUCUUAGGCCUGCAUGAACAGAUCAAAAAAGAGUAUGGAAACAAUGUGGUACCUGCCUUUCCCCCAAAGAAGAUCUUCACACUCACGCCAGCAGAGGUGGAGCAGCGUAGAGAGCAGCUGGAAAAGUACAUGCAAGCUGUGCGUCAGGAUCCUCUGCUGGGAGCCAGCGAAAUGUUCAACAGCUUUUUACGAAAAGCUCAACAGGAGACACAACAGAUCCCCACUGAAGAGGUCCAGCUGGAGGUGCACUUAUCCAACAGCCAGAAGGUCAAAGUCAACAUUUUGACGUCUGACCAAACUGAAGAUGUCCUUGAGGCAGUCGCAUCGAAACUGGAGCUGCCCGACGAGUUGGUGGGCUAUUUCAGCCUCUUCCUGGUUCAGAAUGGGGUGAACGGUGGCUGCACAUACAGGGCGGACGGACCAGGGCAUUCGCCCGCCUGGCCGUGCCCGACGAGGAACGCUCUCGGCCGGCUUGGGAGGCAGACGGCAGCCCCUCCUGGAAGUGUGGUUUUACCAUGGGCCUCAUGCGUUGUGAGAAAGCUGCAGGAGUUUGAGCUGCCCUACGUGUCGGUCACCAGUUUGCACAAUCCCGACUACCACAUCGUCCUCCGCAAAAGUUAUUGGGACAUGGCAUACGACAGUGAUGUAAUGGAGGAUAGUGUGGGUCUUAACUUGUUAUAUUCUCAGACGGUGUCUGACAUUGAGCGAGGCUGGAUUCUUGCCAACAAAGACCAGCACAGGCAGCUGAAAUCACUGCAGGAGAAAGGCUCGAAGAAAGAGUUCAUCAGACUGGCUCAGACCCUGAAGUACUUUGGCUAUAUAAAGUUUGAUCCCUGCAUCACGGAUUUUCCCGAAAAAGGUUGCCACGUCAUCGUCAGCGCCGGCAACAACGAGCUCAACUUUCACGUCAAACUACCCAACAACCACAUGAAGGAAGGCAGCUUUAAAGUCACACGCAUGAGGUGCUGGCGAGUCACUUCAUCUCAAGUCCCAGUGGCCAACGGCACCGCCAAUCCCUGCACCUCGAGCAAGUGCGAGAUCAAACUGGAGCUGGCUUUCGAGUACCUGAUGAGCAAAGACCGUCUGCAGUGGGUCACCAUCACAAGUCCACAGGCAAUCAUGAUGAGCAUCUGUCUCCAGUCCAUGGUGGAUGAACUGAUGGUGAAGAAGUCUGGGGGAAGCAUUAAGAAAAAGAAACGUCUUAAUGGCUCCAUCCAUCGAUCCAACAGCCAGCAAGCUGUGAAAUCUCCUCCAUUACUGGAUUCUCCUGAUGCGAAUCGGGAGCAAGUGGUCAAGCUCUCGACCAAGCUGAGUUCUGUCUCCCUGCGCGGGAUCAGCGCCUCAAACUCGGCCAACGAUCUCAGUGGCAGCGAUUUUCACGGAAACUAUGCCUUCGAGGGCAUUGGGGACGAUGACCUGUGACGCUCCUCUCGGACUGAAGCACAGGACAGCUGAGCCAAGCCGAGCAGGUUCGAGUGGAGGGGACGCUUCCGAUUCUGCAAGAUUCGAACACACUUACUUACAGCAUUUCUCCAACGGUCCAAAACAUCCUUACACGCCACAAAUUAAGGCUAAGGGUCUGCAUGUAAUGCGAGGUCAAUUUUAAAUAGGCGUACCACAACCACAAUACAUUGUACCCGACGCCGUAUACACAGUAUGAUGUAAGCAAAAUCGAGAUAUCAAAGAUGCACUGACUGACAUAAGCUAUAUUAAAAGUCAUAGUGUGAUGGUAAUCCUACUGACAUCCUCUGGUGUCUCCGUUAGCUUCUGUUGCCAGGAUCGGCCGUCAAUCAAGGUCGCGCGUGCGUUCACGGUAAUACAUUUUGUCCAUGAGUGAAUCAGACUGCAAAAUCCAAUCCAAAUCCAUUACAGUUCAUCAGCCUCAGUGUUGAAUCCAUACAUUCCAGGGAAAAAAAACCAAACUACAUUCAGUAUUUUUACCUGUUGCACCCUUUAAUCAAACGCAGAGCUGCAUAGUCUGAGUGUCAAAUCAUUUCCUGCAUCCGUGAAAGAAGUGUCUCGAAGAAAUAUUUAUUGGCUGCAACAAAAGCUGCUUCCUAACAUUAACCUCUACUGAACAGUACUUCGUUUUUCGAGACUCAAAGCUGUGCUUUCUCAUCCUCUAUGCUGUAACCAAUGAUUAAGCAUUAACGAGCUUCAUGUUGUCUCAAGAUGGCUGCAAUGAAAGUAGAUCUGAGAACACUGAUUCGAAGAAGUACAAACCUGAUCAAUUCAGCUGCCUAAAGCUGUACAUGCAGAUUUCGGUUUAAGUCUACUCUGUAUUUCAUCCGUUACAGAGUUCAGAACAAAUCACAGCCUUCAUCUGCAGUGUGCAAUCCUCGCCUGGGGUUAUUUUAUUUUAUUUUUCCCCCCCUUUGGGCCUGCCAUUAUCGAACAGGGGCGUUUCAGAGCUUUCCAAACUCGUCACGGCUUCAUAAGUAGCGAGUAGAAAUUGUUAUACGGGUUCUGAAUAUAAAUUUAAUUAGAUCUUCACACAAAGCCAUAGCAUAGCCGUUUUUUUGUUUGUUUGUUUGUUUUGCGCCGACUCCUUUGCCUUAGUGACUGAACCGCCUUACAUUUCAAGCUCGUCCGUUUUAAAGUAAUUUCAGUGAUAGGUCCUCGUCAACGUAAGCGCUGGUGAGAAAUCUUGCAGAAUUUUUAGAAAAUUCUGUUGGUGUCGGUCCGAACCGCUUGCACAUGCUGAACCCAUGACUUUGCACAAUAUUCUAGACAGAUGGCGUGAUUCAUCAUGGAAAACAUUUCAGAACCAUAUGCGCAUGGUGUUGAAGCGUAUUGUUGUUUUUUUCCCCCCUUCUCUCAUCUUUGCAACCAAUAUUUUGUACAAGGUUUCUCAUAAAUGCCAAAAUUCUAGUUUACUAAAAGCAUUUUGCACAAAAACAUUUAAAAAUCAUGGUAGUCACUUUUAUGAAUGUGUACAUGCAAAUAAAAAGUAUUCGUUUUACUAAUUAUGUAUUAUCAUUUAGUAUAUUCUAAUCAAAUGCAGUAGACCAACUAUAUCUAAGCUGUGUAAAAAUGAGUAAAUAAAAACAUACCGCUGUUUACAGAACUGUAGAAAAUCGAGUAGAAUUUGAAAGUGUUUACAAAUUCCACAUUUGAAAUUUUUUUUUUUUAAAUUAAAUCCUAGACCAGUUUGUGCUUUAUAAAAUAUGUUGUAGCAAUCAUCUCAGAGGACCAGGUGGAAAAGGAGGUGGGGGGGGUUAUUUUAUUUUAUUUUUCAGCCUGGUCGGGUUUUUUUUUUUUUUAAAUCCUUGUAUGGCCAAUAAAGUCAAUCUGAGCAAAUGAGAAGCUUCAUUCCAGAGCCGUGUACUCCGGUGGGAGUUGUUUACCCAAUCACCCAAGUUGUGAGAUUUGUCUAGGUCUGGAGGUGUGAAAAGCUCAUCCUCAUCUUAAUUGUAAAGAGCGAAUGUGUUCGCUGCCCUAUUAUGAUGUGUGUGUCAACUUCAGUAUGUUCACCAGCAUAUCUACAAGGGGUUAAUGGUAUAUAUUCUUAAUGUCGCACAGAGCCUAGCCGUUCUUUAAACAUUUAAAAGCAAUGUCAUGGAUUUCAAUAAAUGUAGGUGCCAAAAAUCA